UCUCUCGCUCUCUCUCUCCCUCUCCCUCUCUCUCUCUCGCUCUCUGUAACAAUCAAAUCUCAUUUCCCCAGCAGUCACAAUAUCUGUACCUUCAUCUACAACCGACACAGCGUAUGCCUCCACCUGCCUCUUGUCUCGUCUGCCUCCGUGCCCACAGGUGAUUCCUCACAGGUGACGAGAACCCGUUCUCACCCAGUCAUGGCGGGGAAUUCCAGCAGCUUCAAGCUAGACAACGCCACCCGGGCCCUGUUCCUCAACGUCAACACCAGCAUCGCCAUCUCUGUCAUCUACAUGAUCGUCACUGCCAUCAACCUGACAGGAAAUGGCCUCUCCUUGUGGCUCCUCGUCUUCCGCACCUCCCCCAAGACCCCGUCCAUCAUCUUCAUGAUUAAUCUGACCCUCACCGACUUGGCCCUCGGUGCCGCCCUGCCCUUUCAGAUCGCCUACCAGCUCCAAGGAUACCACUGGAAUCUGGGACCCAAUAUGUGCAGAGUCAUGACCCUUGUCUUCUACACGAACAUGUACUGUUCCAUUCUGACCAUGAUGGCCAUCGGAAUUGACCGCUACCUGGGCAUCGUCAGGCCCAUGCAGUUCAGGCAGACCAGGGUCAGGAAGUCCAUCGCUGUGUUCAGCUGCCUCCUCAUGUGGGGCGUGGUCCUGAGCGUACUGUGGCCGCUGAUGACCACAGACCUGACCUUUGACGUUCCUGAACUGGGGAUUACCACAUGCUUUGACGUGCUGAAGAAAGACAUGCUCCCGACCCUGUCUGCCUGGGCGGCCUUUCUCUUCAGCAUGGUGUUCGUCCUCUUCCUCUUCCCCUUCUGUGUCACCACAUUCUGCUACGUCAGUGUCAUACACAAACUGUCCAGAGACUCCAAGACAGCCCAGAAAAGAAGAGCCAUACUUCUGGCCUUCAUCGUUCUCCUGGUGUUCACCGUCUGCUUCGCGCCUAACAACAUCCUCCUGUUGGCUCACACGGUGCUGAGGCUCUUCUACAAUGAGUCUCUCUACAUGGCCUACAAACUGUCUCUCUGUUUCAGCUGCCUGAAUAGCUGCCUCGAUCCGUUCAUUUACUACUUUGCUUCCAAGGAUUUCAGACAGAAGCUGAGACAGAUAAUCAAUCUGUCCAUCAGCAUGGACUCAAUGAAGAUGGAUCGCAAAGAGAGUUUUUACUCUGCACAUAAUGCCGUUGAAGGGCCGGUGGGAGAACAGAGAAGAUUGUCUUUGAUGCCAUCCACGGCAUAGAGAGAUGGAAUGAUAGGAAGGGGGAAAAAAGAGUAAGAGAGAUGUGACAGAGGAAGUGAGAGGAAGUGUGGCGUGUCAAGCUCAACAUCAAAACAUUUCAAAAUCCGUUAAGUUCAGUUUUAAUGUGCACUAUAGAACAAAAGAACAUGGACAGCAACUGAGUCUUAUGAUUGCAUUUCCCUAAAUGUGAGACAUUUAUUGCUGCCUAUGUAUUUUUAAAGGCAUCAUAAUAGUUUUUGUGUUUAAGAAUAUGUAGCAUGCACAAGUGCAAAUAAAAUGUGAACAUAUAA